AUGAAUUUCGGGUCAGCUGCUCGAGAUGGGGGUUUUUCUACUGAAGAUGAAAACAACAUAGUGAGAGGUAAGCUUCCUUUCUCCUAUGCCUCCUCUCCAUCUUCUUCUACUUCUUCUGCUCAGUACAACAAAACCACCAGCAUAGCCACUCUUGUCCCUUCUGCUCACUACAACCGUGCCGCCUACGACGAUGGCCCCGACACAAAGCUCGAGCUCAUGGACUCAUCGCCGAGAGAUAGAGAUAAUAAUGAAGAAGACGAUGGCAGUCGAAGAGAAGAAAACCCAAUCGCCAUAGAAAGGGAGCACAUGUUCGACAAAGUUGUGACGCCAAGCGAUGUGGGGAAGCUCAAUCGCCUCGUCAUCCCAAAGCAGCACGCGGAGAAGUACUUUCCUUUGGAUUCUUCCACCAACGAGAAGGGGCUUCUGCUCAAUUUCGAGGACCGGAAUGGGAAGCCGUGGAGGUUUCGAUACUCCUACUGGAACAGCAGCCAGAGCUAUGUGAUGACCAAGGGCUGGAGUAGAUUCGUCAAGGAGAAGAAGCUCGACGCCGGAGACAUCGUCUCCUUCCAGCGAGGCCUUGGGGAGUUGGGGAAAGACCGGCUUUUUAUUGACUGGCGGCGCCGCCCAGAUGCGCCUGAUCCCAUCCACCAUCACCACCACCAUCCCCACCCGCUUCAUCCGCAUCAUCAUCAUUACCAGCCCAAUUUCGCAAUCGCUCAUCAGCAGCAGCAGCAGCAUUUCUCCUGGAACCACCACCAACGCUCGGUUCCAUGGAGCCCGCUAUUGAUGAGGCCACCAUCAGGGGGAGGACUCGCCCCCCGGGACCACUUGCAACACUUGUCCCAGCAGAUUAAUUACAACAUGAAUAUGCAUCACCCGUAUCGAAAUACAGGUACAAGUAGCACUGCUGGUGGUGGUAGUGGUGGAAGUUCUUAUGGUUACGGAAAUGUGGUUAGCUCUUCUGGACCAAUUUAUUAUCUGAGAUCGGCCUCAUCCGCUGCCCCACAUGAAUACGAGGGCAGCGGAUCAGGAUUACAACAACUGCAGCAGCAGCAGCAGCAACAGCAACAACAACAACAAGUACAGCUCCUGGGUCGGGUUCAUGAGCCGAAUAUGGUUUUGGAGUCGGUGCCUGUGGUCCACGGGAAGGCAGCAGCCAAGAGACUGAGGCUAUUCGGGGUGAACAUGGAUUGCCCCAUAUCGGAGUCGGAUCAUGAAUGUGACAUAUUGUCGUCGUCUUCAUCUCAAUAUCAUCAUGCUACAAUGGCAUCUCCCUCUCACCAACUUUCGCCUUCCUCACAACCCCCACUCCAAUUAAGGCUCUUUGAUGGCACGCCUCUGCACUCAACUACAACAACAACAACAACUUCUGCUAGUACCACCACCGACUUUCUCAGCAUCAGAGGCAAGCACCAGGCUUCUUCUCCAUUCUCCAUGUCCUUGGAUUUUGACGUCUGA